AUGGUGGCAGGGGGCUGCAGGCUUGGGGGAGUCUUCAGCGAGAUCGGUUGCCCGAUCAGCGAGAUUUCCACCCUGGGGUUUGUAUGUGGACGCAGAGAUAAGAUGGCGGCAGCAGGGCUUGUAAUGGCGUUCAUUUUCCUUUUCAUCAAGCAAGCCUGGUUGCAACGUGGAGUGUCAGAGGUGGUCGGGGUUGUUCAUGGGGUGGCGUAUCUGAGUCCCAGCCUGCCAGACCAGACCUCCUACUACCAAAUUCACUGGCGGCGUGACAACUCUGUGAAGAUUGCCAUCCGGAGCAGCGAUGCUAAGGUCCAGUACCCCAACAGCGGCACCUACAAGGGACGGCUGGAACUCUUCCACAACAACACCCUAAAAAUCAGCUCCCUGCAGAAAAACGACAGCAGCAUGUACCAGGUGUACCUGGAGGAUAAGGAGGGCAAGGAGCACAUUGAGAACAUCCUCCUGACGGUGUAUGAUCUGGUCCCAAAGCCCACUGUGAAUGCCAAAGUGAUCAGAGAUGACCCAGUGCGGUGCAAAGCCACCCUGGAGUGCUCAGUGGGGCUUGAAGCGGUGACCUAUGAAUGGAUCGUCCCCAGCAAGCUCCCAGUGGAGAGUGUGGGUGCCCCUGAGCUGCGCGUCUCCUUCGACCCCUUGACAGAAACCUACAUCUGCAAAGCCAGCAACCCCGUUUCCUCCAACAACGCAUCACUGAUCUACAGGCACCCCUGCUCCUGGACAGGUGAAUCCUCCAGUGCUGCAUCCUGCCCCACCAUCAGUGUGCUAGUGGCCCUGGGACUCCUCCUCUUCCUCACUCUGGCUUAA